GUUCGUUUGUAGUAACGCACAAGUCAAAAUGUCAGCCAACGGUAACAGCGGAAGUAAUGAGAGUAGUGAGACCACACCAGCAACGCCACCGCCCUCGGUUAGAUUAGAUAUUGCCGACCGCAUGAAGCGAUGGCAGGGCAAGGUUGCUGUUGUGACCGGCGCCAGUGGUGCAAUUGGUGGUGCCAUUGCGAUAGAACUCGUCAAGGCAGGAAUGAUCGUAUGCGCACUGUCAAGACGGCGCGACAAGGUGGAGAAACUGCGCGUCAGCCUCUUUGAUGUAGCUGGUACGCUGAAUUACGUUGAGUGUGAUAUAACUGUCGAGGACGACAUUAAGUAUGCGUUCGGGUGGAUCGAAAACACGUACGGCGGGGUGGACAUGCUGGUGAACAACGCGGGAAUCAUCACCAAAUGUUUGCUAACAGAAAAGAACAAUACGAGAGAUCUGUAUAAGACGAUGGAGACGAACAUCAUCGGUUUAUCUAUGUGUACCCGGGAAGCUGUCAAAUCGAUGAAAGCCCGUGACGUGAAGGGACACAUCAUUAACGUAAACAGCAUAUUUGGCCAUAAAGUGCACCAAGCUGUCCCAGGAACGCGACCGUUGAAUGGCAUGUACCCGGCAUCGAAGUACGCAGUCACGGCCAUUACCGAAUGUAUUAGACAAGAGCUCGUUUACUUAGGCACGGGUUGUAAAGUUACGAGUAUUAGUCCCGGCCUGGUGGAAGGUGACAUACUUUCUGCAAACACCUCGAAGGAUAACGAAAUUGUCAAUUACAUGCCGAAGCUAAAACCUAGUGAUGUGGCAGAAGCGGUACUGUAUGCUAUUACUACUCCAGAAAAUGUGCAAAUUCACGAGCUGAUUAUCAAACCGAUGGGGGAGUUCCUGUAA